CCACUGAGUCUACUGGAGAAGGCCCAUGGUGGACAGGUCUGGUAUGUACAGAUUGUCGAGUACACCCCAGUAAAAAGUCCACGGGGUGAAUGGGCUGCAGCAGUAACAAGACCUAAAGAUCCAACACAGAUACCCUUCACAUACUUCCCUUCGGACGACUGGUACGCAGAUCCCCACGGAAUUCGGCCGAUGAGGCUGCCUAACAAAGCCUGUGAAGAGGAAAUGUACCGAGUGCCCAUCAUGGAUCCUAUGUAUAUGCCAAGGUCCCAUUCUUCAGCAUCAUCUGUAACAGAAAAUGUGCCCAGGCCUAUUCCCUCUGAGGAGGUGAGGCCUAAGCAACAGGCACCAACAGAUGUGCCUAGGCCUACUCCACGCCCAGAGGUGUGGCCUAACCAACAGGCACCGACGGAAGUACCGCGGCCUACUCCACCCCAGGAGGUGAGGCCGGACCAACCAGCACCAACUGUGGUACCAGUGGCCUCAGCUGCUGCUAUGAAUAUUGUGGUUAGCGUGAACCCAUCUGUGGCACAGUCCCGACUCACAAAUGUCUCUUGGGACACUGCCAUAAAUCCCAUGAGGGAAUUCCAACCUCGUGCUCCUCGCUACAUGUCUCAGAGCCGGAAGUACGCUGAUAGGCGAGGUUGUGAGUCUUUUGCUUGCCAUUAACUGUAUGGUACACCAGUACCCUCUUGUGUUGCAGAUUUCUUCAGUUUGGUAACCAGUUCAAGAUGAAGUGCCUGGCAGGACUAUGCCAAGAAGUUCACCUGUUCAGCAAUGUAACCAUCUUCCUACGCUUGUGCCCGGCCCCUGGCCGAGAGACUCCUUGCCUGAGGAGAUCCUAGUAAGUCAGUACCCGGUUCCGGCAACAGACGUGUUUCUUUAAGGACUCUAUAAUGCAGGUGGACUGUAGAGCCUUGCAUGACCGUUUGUGUACAUUUUCUCAUAGUGAUAUAUUUUUGUGCACAAAAUGUUGCACCCCACAGCAGGCAAAUGUUGCCUGAAUACAUCAAGUGUUGUGCUGCUGUCACGUAACCCUUAUGUUCUGAUAAAUAAAAUGUCUGGUUACAUAAAACGUCAACAAUGUAAAUAAUGUUCUUGUGUAGAAGUAUCAGAUUCCUGUACACAAGUACCUAUUUCUUCCAGGUGUUAUAGUGGUUACUUAAAGGUGCCCUCCCAGCUCCUCUGGGAGUGACAAUAAAUGCCACCCUUCACUAACACCUAAGAAAAAUACCAAUCAGUUAUCUGACUAUAUUCAUAA